AUGCCCCACAAGAUAGAAAGCUUCUUGUUUUUACUUCUCUUUGGCUACAAAGCCACACUGGGAUUAUCAUCUACUGAGGAUGAGGGUGAGGACCCCUGGUACCACAAAGCGUGCGAGUGCGGCUGCCAAGGAGGUGCCAACACCCUGUGGUCUGCAAGCGCCGCCUCCUCAGACUGCAUGCCGGAAUGCCCAUAUCAUAAGCCCCUGGGUUUUGAGUCAGGCAAGGUUACACCAGACCAGAUCACCUGCUCCAACCUGGAGCAGUACGUGGGCUGGUAUUCCUCAUGGACGGCCAACAAGGCCCGGCUCAACAGUCAAGGCUUUGGGUGUGCCUGGCUCUCCAAGUUCCAGGACAGCAGCCAGUGGCUACAGAUAGAUCUGAAGGAGGUCAAGGUGAUUUCAGGGAUCCUCACCCAGGGGCGCUGUGACAUCGACGAGUGGAUGACCAAGUACAGCGUGCAGUACAGGACUGAUGAGAGCCUGAACUGGAUUUACUAUAAAGACCAGACUGGAAACAACCGCGUCUUCUACGGAAACUCGGACCGAACCUCCACAGUCCAGAACCUGCUGCGGCCCCCCAUCAUUUCCCGCUUCAUCCGGCUGAUCCCACUGGGUUGGCAUGUCCGCAUUGCCAUCCGGAUGGAGCUGUUGGAAUGCGUUGGCAAGUGUGCCUGACCCCGGCCUCAGCUUGGCACCUGCCGGGGGGCAGAGGGGACAGAGGGCACAGAGCAGCCUGGCGCAAACCCCGGCACACUACUAUGAUGAACAGGGCUGUAUUUCACAAGCUCUUUCCAAUGAAGGGCUGAGUAUAGAAUAUUUCUUUCUUUCUUUUUUUUAAGAUAUAGUUUCCAAUUUUAACAGAAGAAACAGAAAAUGAAUUUAUUCCCCACUCAGGGCCAAAGAAAAUGAGAACAAAGAAAAUGUCACUAAAAACAAUUUUCCUACAAUAGCCUAAGUAGCAGGAGUAAUUUGCUGCUCUCGUUUUUUUUUUUUUUUCUGUCUCAGUGACACUGGAAAGGUGCACUCCCAGGGGAACACUAAGGAGCCCUGAUAAUUUGAAAACUCUUUUGCUUACCAUAUUCAAACAAGAACACAGAGUUUCAUAAAGCCUCACUUUGAAUGCAAAGGGGGAGCAAGCUUGCAGUUUCUACGGUUUUCAUUAAAUCAUGGCCUUGAAGGACUUUAGAGCACCAGGUAUGCAGAAGGAAGGUUUUUGUGUAACUGGGUGGGGCAGAGGAAUAUGGUGGAUGGGGGCGCCUGUGUUCUGCUCUCCUGGGAGCCAUACAUGACCAAGGGCUUCAGCUAGGAGGGCUUCCCCAGCUCUGAUUACAUACAACUCCAUUCUGCAGCCCAUUCAGGCAAAUUACCCCAGGUCACUAUUUAGGUGAAUACAUGGGACAGACUGCACAGUAAGUAGUGAUGUUUCCCUAUAUUUAGGAACCCCUAAUGACCAGAACACACCAGAAUUUCCCUUUGUCAAGGGCUACCAUUUUCCAGCAAGCUUAACACUUUGAAAACACUUGGCCCAGGAGCUAUCACUGGCUGUGUGGAGGAGGCCCCUUAGCUGACUACAUGCUUUGCAGGAAGUGCUCAGACCCAACUCCUAAGGAGGGAGAUGCGGCUACAGCCCUGGUGGUGGUCUACACUUCCAACCUCUGUCCCCUUGCCUGACAAUGCACAAACACGUCUGCUCCUGACACUGAAUCCUCCUUGGGAAUGAAUGGUCCUGGAAUGCAUCUGGCCUGGUCAUCCCCUGCUGGGGGAGCUCACUAAGAAGGGAACUUGGGAGAACGACAGCCUGUCUCCUUUGCUGAUCAUAGCUCAGUCUGAGUUUCCAGGCCCUUCCCUGGGAGAGGCUGGUGACAUGGGGAGUAGGCAGGAGAGGUCUAUAAAGAGGAGAAGCUGAGGGGGGUAAAAUCCAAGGAUAAGAGCCCUUCAGUGAGACUGGGGAAUCCAAGACUGUCCGGGCCCUGACACAGAGCAGCCUUCCUAGCAGCUCCUUUUUCCGAGUGGCUGUUUUCAAAUGCCAAGCUGAGUGAACAGACUCACACUAUCACGAUCCUGGACACCACACUCGCCUUCUCUGAGUGGGAAGCUUCCGGAAAGCCUCAGAUCCCUUCCCUGGUGUUUUUGGGUUUAGAACAGUUUUAUAUUUAACCCAGUAUCUUUCUAAUCCCAUGCUAUAUACAUGAACCUGAAAAAAAUGCUUUUCCUUGCUCACUCUCUUAAAUUUAUUGAUUCAGGAUGGGGAAAUCCUUCUCUCUGGCCUUAGGACACAUGGACAAAUCCAUUUUGAAUAGAUGCCUGACUAAAGACCCUUGUUGGGAAAGCUGAAUGAACUUUUAUCAUGACAUGGAUGGUCAGAGGAAAUGGGGGUAGCCUGGGAGUUCAGGUCCUCUUUAAGUGGCACAACGGACACAGGAGGGGAGUGUAAUUAAAGGAGAAAAAGAAUGAAACAGUGUAGCGCAGGCAUGAAAGUUCUCCAAAUAAUUGUUCAUGUUGGAAAUUUUGUUUUCUAACAACUUUAUUAUAAAGUCACAUACCAUACACAUUUCACCCAUUUAAAGUGUACAAUUCAAUGACUUUUAGUAUAUUCAGAGUUGAGUGAACAUUACCACAAUUCUAGAAAGAUUUCAUCACCCCAAGAAGAAACCCUGCAUCCAUUAACCAUCACCCCACAACCCACUCAUCCACCCCAGCCCCAGGCAAUCACUGAUCUGGUUUCUGUCUGUAGAUUUGCCAAUGAUGGACAUUUCAUAUAAAUGGAAUCAUACAAUAUGUGGUCUUUUCUGUCUGAUUUCUUCUGCUUAGCGUAGUGUUUCCAAGGUUCAACCAUGUUGUAGCAUGUGUCAGUACAAAUCACUUCUUUUUAUGGCUGAAUAUCAUUCCAUUGUACGGAUGGACCAUGUUUCAUUUAUCCAUUCAUCCACUGACGGACAUUUGGAUUUUUCCACAUUUUUGGCUAUUAUGAAUAAUGCUACUAUGAACAACUGUACAAGUCUGUGUGGACACAUUUUCAUUUAUCUUGGGUAUAAACUUAGAUGUGGAAUUGUUGGGUCUUACAUAACUAUGUUCAACCUCUGAAGAACUGUUAAUUUUUCAAAGUGGCUGCACCAUUUUAUAUUCCACCAGCAAUGAGGGUUCCAGGUUCUCCAUGCUUGUUAUUACCUAAUCAAUUAUAGCCAUCCUGCUGUGUAUUAAGUAGUAUCUCCCUAUAGUUUUUGAUUUGCAUUUCCCUAUGAUUAAUGAUGCUAAACCUUCUUUCAUGCAUUUACUAACUUUUUGUACACCUUCCUUGGAGAAAUGUCUAUUCAGAUCCUUUGUGACCAUUUUGGAAUCCGACUUUUUGUUAUUGAAUUUUAAGAGGUCUUCAUAUAUCCUAGAUACA